UGGGCGCUAUGCUGUCUGCUUAUAGAAUCUGCAGCUGCAGCAUCUGUUCCUCCCCUGACCCCUCACCACUGCAAUGGCCUCAUUCCUACAAGCAGCCUGCAGAUAACAUGCUACCCGCUCCUGUGCAACUAGUAGAUGCCAGAUGCCCGCUUGGCCCAUGCCUACCUGGUCGCUUACCUCUACCCCAUCACAUCCUGAACAGUUUUGCUUGCAACUUGCUUUUUAAUUAUUUGCAUUAUUUAAUUUUAUCUUUUUCUUACCAUGGAAUCUAGAGACCUUUGGCAAGGCGCCAGCAGUGAAUUCAUUAAAGUCAGGAAAAGAAUUUAGCUGUUAUAUCAUGGAUGCCAGCAAACGGAUCGAACCACAAACACUACAGCAGAGAGCCAAUCCCGACCGCAGUCUCGCCACCACCAUCUACGUGCCAGAGCAAGGAGGGUACAAGGAAAAGUUUCUGAAACAGGUGGAAGAGAAGUACAAGUGCGAGAAGUGCAGGCUGGUCUUGUGUAACCCUCGGCAGACAGAAUGCGGACACCGCUAUUGUGAGACCUGCAUGAACUCCUUGUUAAGCUCCCCCACCCCACAAUGUCUGUCUUGUGAAGAAAUUAUUAUUAAAGAUAAGGUGUUUAAGGAUAACUGCUGCCGGAGAGAGGUGCUCGCACUUCAGAUGUACUGCAGGAAUGAGAGCCGAGGCUGCAAGGAGCAAAUAACACUAGGCACUUUAUUGAUUCACUUAAAAAGUGAUUGUCAGUUCGAGGAACUCGCCUGUCCCCGUGCGGACUGCAAGGAAAGAGUCAUCCGCAAGGAUCUCAGUGACCACAUAGAGAAGACAUGCAAGUACCGAGAAACGCCCUGUCAGUACUGCAAAAACCAAGUACCGCUGGUAGAAAUGCAGAAGCAUGAAGAUAUGGAUUGCCCGUCGGUCGUGGUGUCCUGCCCUCAUAAGUGUAGCGUAAAAAGUUUAUUGAGAAGUGAGUUGAAUGCUCAUUUAUUAGAAUGUGUGAAUGCCCCAAGUACCUGUAGUUUUAAACGUUAUGGCUGCAGUUUUAAGGGAACAAACCAGCAAAUUAAAGCACAUGAAGCCAGCUCUGCUGUUCAGCAUGUCAACUUAAUGAAAGAAUGGAGCAGUUUUUUGGAAACCAAGGUGUCGAAGUUACAAAACGAAAGCUCUGAAAAGAAUAAAAGUAUCCAGAUAUUGCACAACCAGAUGUGUAACUUUGAAGUGGAAAUUGAAAGACAUAAAGAUUUGUUACGAAACAAUGAAACAAAAAUUCUCCAUUUACAGAAGGUGAUUGAAGGCCAAGCAGACAAGCUGAAGGAUUUGGACAAGGAAAUUCGGAGUUUGCGGCAGACGGGAGAUGACGAAGAAAGCGUGAAAAGCACCAUUGAUGCCUUUAAGGCUCGUUUAGUGCAAUUGGAAACUCUCAGUAAAACUGCAGUCGCGUGGAACCCUGGUGUCUUGGAGACUCAAAUCAACAGACACGAUCAGAUGCUGAGCGUUCACGACAUCCGUCUGGCUGAUAUGGACCUCCGGUUCCAAGUACUGGAGACGGCAAGUUACAAUGGCGUCCUGAUCUGGAAGAUCCGAGAUUACAAGAGGCGGAAGCAGGAGGCUGUUAUGGGGAAGACGUUGUCUUUGUACAGCCAGCCCUUUUACACUGGAUACUUUGGAUAUAAAAUGUGCGCAAGGGUCUAUCUCAACGGGGACGGCAUGGGGAAGAACACGCACUUGUCCCUGUUCUUUGUCAUCAUGAGGGGAGAGUACGAUGCUCUGCUGCCUUGGCCUUUCAAACAAAAAGUCAGCCUUAUGCUCAUGGACCAGGGACCAUCCAGACGGCAUUUAGGGGACGCCUUCAAGCCGGACCCGAACAGCAGUAGCUUCAAAAAACCCACCGGGGAAAUGAACAUUGCCUCCGGAUGCCCCGUAUUCGUCGCCCAGUCCGUCUUAGAGAAUGGGACGUACAUUAAAGAUGAUACUAUUUUUAUUAAAGUCAUAGUUGAUACCUCGGACCUGCCAGACCCCUGAUAGUAGGCGGCCCGGGUGUUGUCAGGUAGAAGACAGACCAGCUUUGGGGUGUUUUGUACGUCAGGAGGGAGGUCCACAGGUUUAAAUGAGGACCCGACGGUGCUCGACGAGAGAAGGCUAAAGGAACAAGGAUGUAGGGUCCGGCGCGCAAGACCGCAACUUUCUGCGCAUAAAAAGAUCGAAAUUUCUUUGUUGUGUUGAUGAGAAUGUUAAGAGUAGUGUAACCAUUGUGAAAGUUGCAGUUGUAUUU